UCUUCCCCUCUAUCUCUCAAAAAAAAAAAAAAAAAAACCUACUCUGAUUCUCUCUUUCUCUUGCAUUUAUCUCUUUCUUCACAUCUCUCUAUUUCCUUCUUUCUUCUUUGCUACGGUUUCGUUUUCUUUACUUUGAAAUCAUCUAGAGCAGAGCUUCACUGCGCCAAACGGAGGCCUGAGGGAUUGGGAAUUGAACGGAUUCAUAUAUUUUUGUGUUGGAAUCACCUGAGUGGAUGAGGCUACUGCAUCUCCCUACCACAUGAUGGAGUCUCUCUUAUUUGAAUUCAAUUUCUUUUAUUUUUCUUACUGUUCCUUGUAACGAAGCAGAGGAUUAGCAAUUGAAUGAGCCUGUGGCUGUCAUGCUGUUGAGGAGGACGCCACUUCUUUGAGGAGGUUUUCUUGUGAGGGAUGGGAAAUUUAAUGCAGAUUCCCUUCGAUGUUUGCAUUCCAUUGCCUUUGUUCAGCUUCACAUUGAAGAUUAAUAAUGAUGGUGAUCAUGAAUCAUGAUUUGGAUGGUUUAUUAUCUCAUGAUAUAAACUACUUAAUGAAGUCAUCUAAUUUGUAAACAAUUGCCUGCAUGUAUUUAUUGUAAAUAAAUACGCUUUUUCAUCCAUUUGAGGCAGAUGGUUGAUAGAUUUUGAUUGUUUGUUUGGAAUUUGGACUAAUGGCUAUUGCUGGCCUGCACAAUGUUUCCGUACUUGAUUCUUCAUUCCUUAGAGAACCACAAUCAGAAGCUGUGACAAUAAGGGAUGAUGAUGGCAGAGCUAGCAACCAGGCAUCAUCAAUCCUACAAAUGUGGCGUGAGCUUGAGGAUGAGCAUGUGGUAAGUCAUGCCCGAGAGAGGAUUGGUGGGAGAGUACUUCACAAUAGAAGUGAUGGAUUGAGUUCUGACCUCUCAAGGACGGAUAUGUCUGACAGCCAUGGUAGUGAGCAUAGUGGCACCUCAGAGAAUGUGAGUGAGAAUGACUAUGGACAAUGGUCUCCAGGUCUAAUUGAAUCAGAGAAUGAACAAGAAGAUUCUUCUGACCUGGGUGAGAUUGAAAGGGAAAGGGUAAGGCAGAUUUUCCAGGAAUGGAUGAACUGUGCUGCAAGGGAACGCACAUCUAAUAUUUCCCGGAGGGGCAAUAGUUCUAGAUCAGAAUGGCUCGGUGAAACUGAACAGGAGAGGGUAAGAAUUAUAAGGGAGCGGGUACAAAUGAACAGUCGACGGAGAGGUACUUGUGUUGACCAUAGAGAAGAGCACGGUGCUGAACUUGUGGGUCAAAUAGAACAAAUUCUUGAUGGAUCAGUUGUUAACCACGAUAUAGGACAAACUGAGCAUACACGGAGAGGCAUUCAUCGAUUAUGUGGCAGGCAGGCUUUGCUUGAUAUGCUUAAAGGGGCUGAGAGAGAGAGGCAAAGUGAGCUUCAAGUUCUGUUGGAGCAUCGGGCUGUAUCACAAUUUGCUCAUCGCAACCGAAUUCAGGCAUUACUUAGAGGUAGGUUCUUGCGAAAUGACAGAAUAAUUGAAGACGAGAGACCAACAUCCACAGCUGCAAGUGAAUUGGGCUUACUGAGGCAAAGACAUACAGUAUCCGAUUUGAGGGAAGGGUUUUUCUCCAGAUUGGACCAUUCUAUUUGUGGUCAAGUAAGCAGCAGCAUGCGUGAUAUUUCAUCUAACACUGACAUUAAUGGUAAAGGAAGUGAACAAACCCAAGCAAAUAAUUCAAGGCAGUUCGUUGAUGAAUUUCAUGAACAAACUGAGUCAAAUAUUGAGGAAAGUGACAACCACAGGUUAUCAGAUGGUAGAACUGACAUAGGAAGUAACAUUUUUGAAGGUAGAAGUUCUCAGGAGCCUACUUCUGCUUCAGAAGCAGGGUCAGGACAAGUCUCGGAGAACGAGAUAAGAGGCGGGCAACAAUCCAUGAGUGUUGAGUUUGUUGAAAGUAGACAUGGUACUAGAGAAGAGGCGAAUGGGAACCGGAGAGAACGUAUCAAUGAAAAUGUAUCUGGAGAGCCUAUUCCUCUGUCAUCAACUAGCGAAGUAUUUUCUCAACAAGUAGAGCCAAAUGGAAAUGAAAGUUCUGCUCCCAUCUUAUCCAGUCAUGUGGAUGAUUUGGAAGGCAAUUCAGUUGAAGAUGUAAAUCAGCAUGAAUCUGCUGCACUAGUAGAGCAGUGGCAGAGUCAUCUUUUGGUAAGUGAGGCUGAAGGCUUGUUUGCAGAUGGUUUUGGAUCUAAUGAGUGGGGAGAUGAUAUUCGAGAUACCAUAGAUGGACGUCAACAAGAAACCAUUUCCAAUGAAUGGGUAGUAAAUGAUGAUAGAGAAGAAGCCUCUGAGGCGUGGCACCAAGAUGGUGGUUUUCAAGAGGCUGUUCAAAGUUGGUUAGAAGAACCUUCUGAACAGGAAGCUGUUCCUGUUGGAAGGAUGGAUCCUUUUUAUUUACCUGAUGAUGACAAUGUGUACAAUAUGGAACUUAGGGAACUCCUAAGUAGGAGAAGCGUCUCUACUCUUCUUCGUAGUGGUUUCCGUGAGAGUCUUGACCAACUGAUACAAUCAUACGUGGCAAGGCAAAGCCAUGCUCCCCUUGAUUGGGAACUGCAAGGAACAUCUCCCACUCCAGCAUCAGCAGAACAGGAACUGGAGCAGCAUAGUGGGGAUGAGAAUGAGGGUCAGGGAGAUUCUGUUCACAGUCCUCUUGCUCUGCCUGAUUCUGUUCACAGUCCUGUUGCUCUACCUUCCCCAUCAAUGCCCCCUGUUCAGCAGCACUGGAACCAGGAGUCACAGCAUUUUGCUUGGCCACAGCAUGACAUGCAUCAAUGCUUUGGAAUUGAGUGGGACAUCAUUAAUGAUUUGAGGAUUGACAUGGCUAGGCUACAACAAAGGAUGAAUAACAUGCAGAGGAUGCUGGAAGCCUGCAUGGACAUGCAACUUGAGUUGCAGAGGUCAAUUACACAAGAAGUUUCUGCUGCUCUCAAUCGCUCAGCUGGUUUAACAGGGUUGUGUGAGAAAGUUUUGCCAGAGGAUAGAUCUAAAUGGGAUCAUGUGAGAAAAGGAAUUUGUUGUAUAUGUUGUGAUAGCAAUAUAGAUUCUUUGCUGUACAGAUGUGGGCACAUGUGCACAUGUUCAAAAUGUGCGAAUGAGUUGGUCCAAAAAGGAGAAAAGUGUCCAAUGUGCAGGGCACCUGUAAUUGAGGUCAUCCGUGCUUACUCCAUCUCAUAAUAUAAUUUGAUGUUUGAAAGAAAAAUGAAGGAUCAAAAGGUUGGAAGAAAUUUGGAUUAACAAUAUAGAGGAAUUUGUCAGUUCCUGCUCCUGGAUCCGGCCAGGUAUUUAUUAUUUCCUGGGUUCUUCAAGCCAUGAAUUUUGGAAUAUUGAUUGUAUGAUUGACUAGACGAUUGGUUUUAACAUGAAUAAAGUUUUUGAAUGGAAAGAAUCAUAUUACUAUUA